AUGGGUGACGCUUCUACUGCUGCUUUUGAUGUCCCCAAGGAAUGCUGGGCAGCGGUUGUGAAAGAUGAGGGACCUAAUUUCUACGUCGAGGUUGAAAAGGUCCCCGUGCCCGAAAUCGGCAAGCAAAUGAGAAACCGCCUGCGGCACGGCCAGAAACACUGA